GGUGAGCUCUUCGGAGGCGGUGACCCUGUAGCUUGUCGUUGCGAUUCAAGUACGAGAAGAACAUAGCGACCCGUUUUCGGCGUCCAUCGUGCUACCAUGGCCCAGAUACUGCCGAUAAAAUUCCAGGAGCACCUGCAGCUGCAGAGCGUUGGCAUCAACCCGGCCAACAUUGGUUUUGCCACGUUGACUCUAGAGUCGGACAAGUUCAUCUGCGUGCGCGAGAAGGUGGGAGAACAGGCGCAAGUCGUCAUUAUCGACUUGGCCGACCCCGGUAACCCGACAAGGAGGCCCAUCUCAGCAGACUCUGCUAUCAUGAAUCCGGCGUCGAGAGUGAUUGCUCUGAAAGCCGGCAAGACGCUGCAAAUAUUUAAUAUCGAGAUGAAGAGCAAGAUGAAAGCGCACGACAUGACGGAGGAAGUCGUUUUCUGGAAGUGGAUUUCAGUCAAUACAGUCGCACUAGUCACCGACGCUUCGGUCUACCAUUGGUCAAUGGAAGGCGAUUCACAGCCGCAGAAGAUUUUUGAUCGGCAUAGCACGCUUGUUGGUGCUGGCUGUCAGAUUAUCAACUACAGAACGGAUAAAGCUCAGAAAUGGUUGCUGCUUGUUGGAAUCUCGGCUCAGGCAAAUCGUGUUGUGGGAGCGAUGCAACUGUUUUCUGUUGAGCGUCAAGUUAGUCAGCCAAUUGAAGGUCACGCGGCCGCCUUCACUCAGUUCAAAAUGGACGGCAACCCCAAUGAGUCGACCCUCUUCUCGUUUGCUGUUCGUGGAAUGGCUGGUGGCAAACUUCAUGUGAUUGAAGUCGGUCAACCUCCUUCCGGCAACCAACCUUUCCAGAAACGAGCCGUCGAUGUCUUCUUUCCAGCGGAAGCCCAGAACGAUUUUCCCGUAGCCAUGCAGAUCAGUGACAGAUACAACGUCAUCUUUCUCAUCACAAAGUACGGUUACGUUCAUCUCUAUGAUCUCGAGACCGGCACAUGCAUCUACAUGAACCGAAUCUCAAGCGACACCAUAUUCGUCACUGCCAUGCACGACGCCACCAGUGGCAUAAUCGGAGUCAACAGAAAAGGACAGGUUUUGUCUGUCGGCGUGGAUGAGACCAACAUCGUGCCGUAUAUCUCCCAAACGCUUCAGAAUCCCGAGUUGGCGUUGAGAAUGGCUGUUAGGAACAACCUGCCUGGAGCAGAGGAAUUAUUUGUGAGGAGGUUCAACAUGCUUUUCCAGCAGAUGCAGUAUGGAGAGGCGGCGAAAGUGGCAGCGAAAGCUCCGAGAGGCAUUCUGAGGACUUCGCAGACUAUCCAGCGUUUUCAGGCGCUUCCUGCGCAGCCCGGUCAGACGGCUCCAUUGCUGCAGUAUUUUGGUAUUCUGCUGGAGCAAGGGCAGCUGAACAAGUACGAGUCGCUUGAGUUGUGUCGACCUGUACUGCAGCAGGGAAAGAAACAGUUGCUGGAAAAGUGGCUGAAAGAGGACAAGCUGGAGUGCAGUGAAGAACUUGGUGAUAUAGUGAAGCAGGUGGAUCCUACACUCGCUCUAUCGGUAUACCUACGAGCUAAUGUGCCCAACAAGGUGAUUCAGUGUUUUGCUGAAACGGGUCAGUUCCAGAAGAUUGUGCUUUAUGCCAAGAAAGUUGGGUUUACGCCGGACUUUGUGUUCUUGCUGCGAAAUGUGAUGCGAAUGAACCCGGAACAAGGAUUGGCGUUUGCUAAUAUGUUGGUGCAGGAUGAAGAGCCGAUGGCUGAUAUCAGUCAGAUUGUUGAUGUGUUCAUGGAAUUCAGCUUGAUUCAGCAGUGUACGUCGUUUCUCUUGGAUGCUUUGAAGAACAACAGACCAACUGAGGGGCAUCUUCAGACUCGGCUUCUUGAAAUGAAUCUCCUGCAUGCACCACAAGUAGCAGAUGCUAUCCUGGGCAAUCAGAUGUUCACACACUACGAUCGCAUUCAUGUAGCUCAGUUGUGUGAAAAUGCAGGCCUUUUGCAGAGGGCUUUGGAACACUACACCGACUUGUUUGACAUCAAGAGAGCACUCGUACACACUCAUAUGCUCAAUCCAGAGUGGCUGGUCAACUAUUUUGGAUCGUUGUCUGUUGAUGACUCAAUCGAGUGUCUGAGAGCCAUGCUACAGGCCAACAUCAGACAGAAUCUCCAAAUAUGUGUGCAAGUGGCUACGAAAUACCAUGAACAGCUAACAACUGCGGCUCUUAUUGAACUCUUUGAAUCAUUCAAGAGCUUUGAAGGAUUGUUCUACUUUCUUGGUUCAAUUGUGAACUUCAGUCAAGAGGCAGACGUUCACUUCAAGUAUAUUCAGGCUGCUUGCAAGACGGGCCAGAUCAAAGAGGUAGAACGUGUUUGUCGUGAGAGCAACUGCUACGAACCCGAGAGAGUCAAGAACUUCCUCAAGGAGGCGAGACUGACUGACCAACUGCCCCUCAUCAUUGUUUGCGAUCGGUUUGACUUUGUUCACGACUUAGUGCUUCACCUGUAUAAGAACAAUCUCCAGAAGUACAUAGAGAUUUAUGUUCAAAAGGUCAAUCCAUCAAGACUACCCGUCGUCGUUGGUGGUCUACUUGAUGUCGAUUGUGGUGAGGACAUCAUUAAGCAACUCAUCCUCACAGUCCGAGGCCAAUUCUCUACGGAUGAGCUUGUGGCCGAAGUAGAGAACCGAAAUCGGCUAAAAAUAUUGCUACCGUGGCUCGAACACAAGAUCAGGGAGGGAAGUGAAGAGCCAGCAACACACAAUGCAUUGGCUAAGAUUUACAUUGAUAGUAACAACAAUCCAGAGAGAUUCCUCAGGGAAAAUCACUUCUAUGACAGCUUGGUGGUCGGUCGCUAUUGUGAGAAGAGAGAUCCUCAUCUAGCGUGUGUUGCGUAUGAACGAGGACAGUGUGAUGAUGAGCUGAUUCAGGUCUGCAAUAUUAAUUCGCUCUUCAAGUCUCAAGCUCGUUAUUUAGUUAGACGAAGAGAUCCUGACCUGUGGGUCAAAGUAUUGGAUAGUCAGAACGAAUAUCGACGUCAACUGAUCGAUCAGGUUGUCCAGACGGCACUGACCGAGUCACAAGAUCCAGACGACGUGUCGGUAACUGUGAAAGCGUUCAUGACAGCGGAUCUCCCGAACGAACUCAUCGAACUGCUUGAGAAGAUUGUGUUGGAAAACUCUCUUUUCAGUGAACACAGGAAUCUGCAGAACUUGCUGAUUUUGACGGCGAUUAAGGCUGAUCAGGGUCGUGUGAUGGAAUACAUUAAUCGGUUGGACAACUAUGAUGCUCCAGACAUCGCAAACAUAGCGAUUGACAGUGAGCUGUACGAGGAAGCAUUUGCCAUUUUCAAGAAGUUUGAAGUGAACACGUCGGCCAUCGAAGUUCUUAUAGACCACGUGCAUAAUCUUGAUCGAGCUUACGAGUUUGCUGAGCGUUGCAACGAGCCUGCCGUGUGGAGCUUGUUGGCAAAGGCUCAGCUUCAGGAUAGACUAGUGAAGGACGCCAUUGAUUCGUACAUUAAGGCUGAUGAUCCGUCAGCAUACCCUGAAGUGAUAGAAGCUGCGAGAGAUGGAGGAAAUUUUGAAGAUCUAGUGAAAUAUCUCCAGAUGGCCAGGAAGAAGACACGAGAGUCGUUUAUUGAGACUGAACUUGUGUUUGCUUUUGCAAAGACCAACAGACUAGCCGAACUGGAGGAGUUUAUCUCCGGACCCAACCAUGCACAGAUACAACAGGUCGGUGAGCGUUGUUAUGAUGAGAAGAUGUACGAAGCGGCUAAGAUUCUAUUCAACAACAUUUCCAACUUUGCAAGGCUAGCAUCAGCUCAAGUUCACUUAGGAGAAUAUCAGAACGCAGUCGAUAGUGCACGGAAAGCAAACAGCACGCGAACUUGGAAGGAGGUCUGUUUUGCUUGUGUUGAUGGAGAAGAGUUCCGCCUGGCACAGAUGUGCGGCCUUCACAUAGUUGUCCAUGCUGAUGAACUGGAAGAACUGAUCGACUAUUACCAGAACCGAGGAUACUUCCAGGAAAUCAUCAGUCUUCUAGAGGCUGCUCUUGGUUUAGAGAGAGCUCACAUGGGCAUGUUUACGGAGCUCGCCAUCUUGUACUCGAAAUACAAACCAGCGAAGAUGAGAGAACACUUGGAACUGUUCUGGUCACGUGUCAACAUUCCCAAGGUGCUUCGUGCUGCUGACCAAGCUCACCUGUGGCCUGAGCUCGUGUUUCUCUAUGACAAAUACGAAGAGUUCGACAAUGCUGUUCUUACCAUGAUGGCUCAUCCAACAGAUGCAUGGAAGGAGGCCCAGUUCAAGGAUAUCGUUACCAAAGUGGCUAACAUUGAACUAUACUACAAAGCACUUGAGUUCUACCUCGAGAACAAGCCAAUGCUCAUCAAUGAUCUCCUUCUUGUCUUGGCACCUCGUCUAGAUCACACACGCACUGUUGUGUAUUUCACUCGUGUUCAACAUAUUCCGUUAGUCAAGCCGUACCUUCGGUCUGUCCAGAAUCUCAACAAUAAGGCUGUCAAUGAGGCACUUAACUCGUUGCUCAUUGAUGAAGAAGAUUACCAGGGCCUGCGCAAUUCAAUUGAUGCUUUUGAUAACUUUGAUAACAUUGGGUUAGCGCAGCGUCUCGAGAAGCACGAGCUGCUUGAGUUACGACGUGUAGGAGCUUACUUGUACAAAGGCAACAACAGGUGGAAGCAAUCGGUUGAACUAUGUAAGAGGGAUAGGCUCUACAAGGAUGCUAUGACAUAUACAUCUGAAUCUCGAGAUACGGCUAUAGCUGAAGAUCUAAUCGCCUGGUUCCUCGAUAUCGGCAACCACGAAUGCUUUGCCGCUUGUCUCUUCCAAUGCUAUGACCUCCUACGACCAGAUGUAAUUCUGGAGCUUGCCUGGAGACAUAACAUUAUGGAUUUUGCGAUGCCAUAUGUUAUCCAAGUGCUUAGAGAAUACACAACAAAGGUCGACAAGCUACAGCAAUCAGAUCAAGAACGUGAAAAGGAGAAGGAGCAAGCGGAAGGUCAACCCGUGGCUCUGGGUGAACCUCAAUUGAUGCUUACAGCCGGUCCCGGUAUGGGCGUUCCUCCUCCUGGUAUGCUGCCACAAGCCGGCUUCAUACCAAUGGGUGUUCCCUUUCAGCAGCCAGGCUACGGGCCAAUGUAGGAGAGCCUUUCUAUCAACGCUUAGUGCCCAAUGAACUUGAAAUAAAAGGGUUAUGGUUGUGGUUUUACGGUCUGCUUGUUUGGUUGUGCCUUGCUUUUUGCUUGGUUUGGUGAUAUACGUGCACGUUGACUGUCAAUCUUAUUUGUUGUUGAGUCGAUCGAUGAAUACUGCUGUGGUUUUUUUCUGAGAUGGCAAAGCACGUUAUACUCGUAUGUAUUACACGCAUGUUUGUUUUGUAUAAGUGAUUGGUAAAUUCACAGAG